GGGAGGGGGUACCCAGGGGGUGACUCCCGGACCGGUGGCUGAGGAUUCGGGAAGACAUUUGCUGGUGUCCAGGAGAAUGGCUUCCCAGUGAUAUGAGAAGAAAUGGAAUCUGUUCUCCAGGGUAGAAGUGGCUGCCAGUCAGCCCGUUUGCUGAAGCAAAUCAUGGCUGCAACAAGGAGUCCCGAGGCAUACCCAUCCCCAAGCAAGGACUGCUCACAGGGACAGAAAUCAGCCCUAAACAGCACCAACCGUCACUCGGAAGCUUGCCGCCAGUGCUACAGGCGGUUCUCCUACCAGGAGGUAGCUGGCCCCCACAAAGCUUUUUGCAAGCUCUGGGAACUCUGUGGUCAGUGGCUAAGGCUUAAGACGCACUCAAAAGAGCAAAUGCUAGAACUGUUGGUUUUGGAGCAGUUUCUGACCAUCUUGCCAGAGGAGAUCCAGACCUGGGUGAGAGAGCAACAUCCAGAAAUGGCGAGGAUGCAGGGGCUCUGGUUGAGGACGUACAGAGUGGAUCUGGGCAACAGGUCCCAGAUUCUGGGAAGGACUGGAAAACGCUCAAUGACAAGACAGCCCUGUGGGGAGCAGAAUGCCACCUGAAACGGGGGGUUCAUCCAGAGGAAAGAACUUUGGAGGGGUCACGGGGCUCAAAACAAAGAGCAGGGGACACUCAGAAGGUAAGCCAAGGUCUCUGCCCUUCGGAGGGCAGAGCAGGAGGGCUGGGGAGGAAGGGUCUGAGCUUGAAUAGGCUGCGGGGAUCCACAUUAAAUGCUUUUGAAAUAUA